CCAUGUCGUGUUCUCUGCUCCACCAGCGUGUUGUUGUGUGAUGAGGCUGCUGUAGUAAUUCACCGCUGGUAGCAGAGGGAGCAGUAACUGUGGAUACAGAACACAUUUGAUUUCAUGCUUCUCAAAGUGGACCUUCCUUUUUUCGUGAUGCCUGCAGACACUUUGGGACUGUUUUCCAGUCACGAGAAGCUGGUCUGAGUGUUUUUUCUCCUGCGUGAUUUUAAUGUAAGGACUGACCGGGCGCGUCCUGCCCCUCACAGCCGCGGCUCCUCUCAUCACCUGCGGGUCGCUCCUCGGAUUAAUCGGGCGCAGACUUGGAGCGGCUGGAAAAAGUUCGUCUGUGAGGUUGUUUGGAUUUCUGAUUGAAUCCAACAGCGGCUGAGAUGCUGCCCGUGGAGUUUGGAGGUGUUUGUAGAGAUUUUAUCCCUUAGACAUUUCUCUGUUUGGAUUUAUCAUCGCUGCUGCUGCUGCUGCUGCUGGACGGACAGCCUGUCUCACAAACUGUGACGAACAGUGUCUACUCAUGAGAAACCGAAGUCUAUGAUGGAGUACCGCCACACUUUGGUUCUCUUUAUGCUUUCAUUUGCUCUCACAACUCUGGCACAGGCGUCCCGGCCCAGGUUAGAGGAUGCAGCUCCUCGGGUCGUAGAACACCCGUCUGACCUGAUCGUGUCCAAAGGCGAGCCGGCCACCCUCAACUGUAAGGCGGAGGGGCGGCCCACUCCCAUGGUGGAAUGGUACAAAGAUGGAGAGCGAGUCGAGACGGAUCGAGAAGACCCUCGAUCGCACCGCAUGCUCUUACCCAGCGGCUCGCUCUUCUUCCUGAGAAUCGUACACGGACGACGGAGCAAACCAGACGAGGGCGUCUACGUGUGCGUGGCAAGGAACUACCUGGGGGAGGCGGUCAGUCGCAAUGCAUCGCUGGAGGUGGCAAUCUUGAGAGAUGAUUUCCGCCAAACGCCGAGUGAUGUGGUGGUGGCAGCAGGUGAGCCCGCUGUCAUGGAGUGUAUUCCCCCCAGAGGCCACCCCGAGCCCACAAUCUCCUGGAAGAGGAACAACAUCCGGGUCAAUGACAGAGACGAGAGAAUCACUAUCCGAGGAGGCAAGUUGAUGAUUUCCAACACCAGGAAGAGUGAUGCUGGCAUGUACGUGUGUGUUGGGACCAAUAUGGUGGGAGAGAAAGACAGCGAUCCUGCUGAGCUGGUGGUGUUUGAGCGUCCGGUCUUCAUCAAACAGCCGGUGAACCAGGUGGUGUUGGCAGACGACACGGUGGACUUCUUCUGUGAGGUGCACGGGGACCCGACUCCGACCGUCCGCUGGCGGAGAGAGGAGGGAGAGCUGCCCCGGGGCAGAUUUGAGAUCCGCAGUGAUAACAGCCUGCGUCUGACCCAGGUGAGAGGUGAAGACGAGGGCACGUACACCUGCGUGUCAGAAAACAGCGUGGGGAAAGCCGAGGCGUCUGGGACCCUGCAGGUGCACGUUGGACCAUCCUUGCCCCCGCAGAUCGUGGUACGGCCGCGGGACCAGAUCACAGCUCCAGGUCGCACCGUGACCUUCCUCUGUGGCACCAAAGGAAACCCUCCGCCCGCCGUCUUCUGGCAGAGAGAAGGCAGUCAGAUCCUGCUGUUUCCCACUCAGGACCCGUCCCUGUCGGGUCGUUUCUCUGUGUCGCUGAGCGGGGAGCUGACCAUCACUGACGUCCAGGUGGAAGACUCGGGAUAUUACAUCUGCCAGGCCAUCAGUGUGGCCGGGAGCAUCCUGACCAAAGCCCUGCUGGAGGUGGAGAGUGCUCCUUCAGACCGCGUCCCGCCCAUCAUCCGCCAGGGACCGGCCAAUCACACGUUAGCUCCUGGCUCCACCACUCAGCUACACUGCCACAUCAUGGGCAACCCCAUCCCCAGCAUCCAAUGGGAAAAGGACGGCCAGAGGAUUCUGGGAAACGAUGGUAGAAUCAGCUUGAUGGAUAACGGGACGUUUCAGAUCACCAACCUCCAGGAAACGGACUCGGGAGUUUACACCUGCGUGGCUUCCAGCUCCAGUGGAGAGACGAGUUGGAGUGGAGUGCUCACAGUUAAAGACAGCGCAGACUCCUCAGCAGGUCAGACCACGGAGCCCUUCCAGCUGCCAGGCCCGCCACACAAACCCAUCGUCACAGACGUGUCCAAAAACAGCGUCUCUCUGACCUGGCAACCCAACGCACACGAGGGAGGAGCAGCCGUCACGUCAUACAUCAUCGAGGCCUUCAGCCAAUCAGCAGGCAGCACAUGGCAGACAGUAGCCGACAUGGUCAAGAUAGAAACUCACACCAUCACUGGACUCCUCCCCAACACCAUCUACCUCUUCAUCGUCCGAGCUGUCAACGCCUACGGCCUGAGCGACCCGAGCCCCAUCUCUGAGCCCGUCAGAACGCAAGAUGUGAGUCCCACAGGGCAGGGGGUGGACCACAGGCAGGUGCAGAGGGAGCUGGGAGAAGUGGCUGUCCAGCUUCAGGAGCCCGUCACGCUAACAACAGCGUCCAUCCGAGUGUCCUGGACUGUGGACCGUCAGUCUCAGUUCGUGCAGGGUUAUCGGCUCUUCUACCGGCCCAGCGGGGGAAACUGGCUACUCCAGGACAUCAACUCUCCGUCUGAGCGCAGCACCGUCCUCACCAGCCUGCUCAAAGGGACACAGUACGAGAUGAAGAUACGUCCGUACUUUGAUGAGUUCCAGGGAAAAGACAGCCGCACGUUACUCGUUCGAACCCCGGAGGAAGUCCCUAGUGCUCCACCCCGGGGUGUCACAGUGGCAACAGUGAAGCAAAGCAACAGCUCCAGCAUCAGCGUCUCCUGGGAGCCUCCACCCAGUGACAUGCAGAACGGCAUCAUCCAGGAGUACCGGGUCUGGUGUGUGGGCAGCGGCGGCGGAGACAACCAGACUCGAUACUACAUCAACAAGACAGUGGACGGGAACAUGUUGUCCACAGUGUUCAAAGGCCUGAUGCCCGGAGUGCUCUACCAGGUGGAGGUGGCAGCAGUCACCAGCGCUGGCAUUGGGACCCGUAGUCAGCCGGUGUCCGUCCUCUUCAAGCUGCCAGCUGAGCAUCCUUCUGUGCCGGGCGGAGGAGCCGGUAGUGGUGGUGGUGGUGGUGGUACCAGCGACAGCGGCGAAGAGAGCAGCGUGAGCUUAGCAGAGCAGAUCACCGAUGUUGUAAAGCAGCCGGCAUUCAUCGCAGGCAUCGGUGGCGCCUGCUGGGUCAUCCUCAUGGGCUUCAGCAUCUGGAUCUACUGCCGACGCAAGAAGAGGAAGGAGCUGAGCCACUACACCACCUCCUUCGCCUACACGCCAGCAGUUGGUUUCCCUCAUGGAGAGGCAUCUGGACUCAAUGGAAGGCCUGGCGUGUUGGGAGGCAACAUGGGAAAUUACCCUUGGCUGGCGGACUCUUGGCCCACCACCAACCUGGUCCACAGCGGCAAAGAGGCGGUUAACUGCUGCAGCACCAAUCACAGCACAGCAGAGAGAUACUACAACGAGGCCGGUAUCUCCAACUACCUGAAUCAGACGGAGAAGUACAGCAUUGGCGGCUCCACUGAAGGUCCAAUCUACAGCACCAUUGACGCCACCAGCGAGGAUCUACACAGCUUCACCUACGCCCAGCACAACUCCACCACGCCCUACGCUUCCACCUCCAUCACGCCUUACACCACCCAAACCCAGACGUCAGCCCACAGCGGAGACCAGCAGGAUGAUGGACACUGGAUCCCCCAGCCAGGCCCCUCAGGAGCUCAGUACGCCCAGCCAGACCGCUGUAAUGGUAAGCCAAAGCAGAAGGCGAUGGGUAAAGCUGUGAAGACCCCGUCUCUGACCUGGAUUGAGUCUUUGCCCCCUCCUCCCCCCAUUGGAGAGCUGGAUCCGUGUCAGCAGGACGAGCAAGACGAGCAGGACGAGCAGGACGAGCUGCCCCUCGAACACGAGGACAUGGACUUAGGCUCGGAUGAGGAGUGGUGCCCCCCCCUCCCAGAGAGGACCUACCUGAUGGAGGGCUGCGAGGACGGACCCCCUCCCCCUCAGAGGAAUAACGCCUCGUCUCCAGCCACCUCUUACAGUCACCAGUCCACCGCCACGCUCACCCCGUCGCCCCACGAGGAGACCAGAGCCCCCCACGACCUCCCCCGCCUCAACCAACUCGACAGCCAGCAGCUGUCACGCAGAAGGUUACCCUGCGGUCCAGUGCCAGUUCCCCAGGCGCCGAGCCCGCUGCUCACCCAGUCCAAUCCCAACCUCUCGGGCCAACAGCAUCACGGCUCAUCAGAGGCUGGCACGCUGCAGUGCCAGAGUCCUGCUCACCGCUGCUUCAACGGCCCGGGGCCAGCUCUGAAUGAAGACAACGUCAGCAUCAACACACCGGUCCACAGUCGCUCCCCGGCAGAUUCAUGCACGCCACCAAACCAGAAAUCACGAGUGAAGAAAAAGGCGUCGAAGACCCCAGCCUACAGGAGAGAUUUACAAGGAGACCUGCCCCCACCUCCAGAGCCACCCCCAGAGGAGAACAGGUUGCUGGGCCCUAAGGGGAGUGUAGAGGGCAGCGGUGUGAUGAACGGAGCCGUGUCCUCCCUGGAGAGGAGCGAGUUCAGCAGCAGCAGCCACCAGCGGAAAGGAUCGGGACAGAGACACACAGACAAUGAAGACAUGAUGGUGUACAGCAGCAGUAGUAAGGCCGGGUACCUCUCCAGGAGUCAGAUGUCCAGUAACUGCUCGACCACAGGAAGCUCCUCCUCCAGAGGUUCCACGGGCUCCCGAGGGCUCAACUCAGCCAGAAAACACAACGAGGAAAUGAGAUAAGGACAUCAGUGACUCUGUCAGUGUACCUCUGCUGCCUCCACCCUCCUCCAUCCACCCACUGUGGACACAAUAAGCUGGACAAGAAGACAAGUUUGGACUGUGUGUCAAUGCUGUGAAAGAAAGAACGGACUGUCCAUCCUGUUUUUGGUAUUACUAUGAUUAUUUAUGAGCUCUCCUUGAUUUGUAAAUACCUGUGUCUGUACUGUUCUUUUGUGGGCUCUGGAUACAGGGAAAGAGACGUAUAUUGUAUUUAUGAGGAUAAAAACAAAAACCGAUGUUAAAAAAAGUCUGUUACUAUAAAACGCUCAUGUCUUCUUGAAUGUGCCAACCUUUUUUUUGUCAAAAUGUAUACUUUUGGAAAAGCAUUAACUACUGUUGCACUCUCUUGUUGUGAUGGCAAAACAACAGAAAAUAUGAAGCACAAAGUGUGUUUGCUGGUCGGAAAGCCAAAACGAGCGGGUUCUCCCUGCGCCCAUGUAGUCCGCUAAGAAUGUCAAACUUUUCUAUGUUCCUCUGGUUCCUCUGCAGCAAAGUGUUCCUGUGUGCCAGCAGACUGACAGGCUUUAUAAAAGUUUGAUUGUAACCCCUCCCCUUGCUCUCUCUUCCUUUGUCUGAGGAACUUUUUGCUGCAGUUGUGAGAAUUUGCAUAUACUCCUUCCAAAACAAACAAAAACACGUCUGUGGACUGACCUUUUUGUACUCUUGUUGUUUUGUAAAUGUAAAAUAAAAGACAUUUGCUGAU